CACACACACACACACACACACACACACACCCUGUUCAGAAGGUGUUAGGUGUCUUACUUCUCAUCCACCAGGGCCCAUUGUCUCCUGGUAUUGUAGCCUCUUGGUGCCCGAGGCUGGUGAGUUGGAGGACAACUGAAAGAUGAGAAGCAGGGGUAGUGGGUUCCCCUUCCUCUGUGAUUCAGGUCCUUUGGGGCAUUUUUGCAAAGGCUGGUCCUCUGAAUCCCGGUUUCCUCUUCCCAGGCCAGUUGUAAAUUGGGGUGGGGGUGUCUGCAGCUGUGAGGCCAGAUGCUGCUGCUCCUACUGGGUUUUCCCUUUGGGAAAAAUGUUUUCUUAUUUAUAGUAUUGUGCUUCCGGGGAAAGCGGUCACUUGUGUGUAUAUGUGUGUGCAUGCACACACAUGCAUGUACACAUUGUGUGUAUGUGGAAAUCUGCUGGGCAAGUCAAAACCAUAGAAGAGUUGCCUCUUAUCUCUCAAAUCUUCCAGAGAUGUCACUUGUCACAGCCUUUGUGUUAGCCCUCAUCAACCCCCACUUCUAUUCUACCACUACUGGAGAGUCUGCUGGUGAUUCUCUGUGUCUGUUGCUGACUUUUAUUCUACCCCCGUCUCUGUCUUGCAGCCCCCAAUCAUAUUUCCAUCUGGAUGCAUCAUUUUUCCUCCCAGUGUGCUCUAGAGAAGGAGUUAGGAUGCUGUCUUCCCAUGAAUAGUACUCAGUAACAAACCAAUUGCAUUUUAGUUGGGCAAUGCCCCUACCCACCCUCAGACCCCUUCCAGCUAAAAUGUUCCGUCCUCCCACCAUGUGUUUCUCAGUUUCCCUUUUUGUUUGUUGGAUUGUUCCCAUGUCCCUCCUCCUCACCUUACCACCCUUGGAUCGUAAUGUAAAAUUCUUUUACCAUGUCAAGAAAUUAUUAAAAAUACAGGUACUUUGGCCUCUUUCUAAAGCUGCAGACCCUGAUGCGAUGCUCUGGUGUCCAGGAACAUACCCACACUUACGUGUGCGCACAUUGGGAUACCCACCUCCUCAUAUACCUCCAGCCACCCUAUCGGGUGUCUUUAUACCAACUGAGCUGCCUCUUUUCUCUGGAAUAAUGGAAAGGCUGAGGCUUCUGCCUACCAAGAGGCAAGGGUGGGUCCUUCAUUUGUCUUCAGUCUGAAUUAAAUGAAAGUUAGCUCUUUCCAAAGCUAAGCUGCCUUCUACCCUCGCAAAAUCCCAGCUCCUUCCUUCCUUCCCUCCCCAGUGAUACCCAUGAACUGCCAGUAGAGGCCGCUCUAGUUCCGUGUGUGGGGAAUCACCUGGUUCAAGGCACACCCGACCCCGUCAUUUUCUUUGCUCUAUACUAAAAGUUCCUUCUGAAUAAUGUCUUAAGUUUCUUGCGGAGAUGCCAGGGACCCCUGGUUUUUGGUUUUCAAAUGAAUUGGAGGGCUAUCUAGGACCUUAGCUCCCUCUGAAAUAAAGUUUCCUUAACUUCCACCUUGCAGAGGAGCAUUUUGGUAUCCAAUGAUCUGGUAUCUGUUGUCUCUGCAGAAAGGGAUUUAAGGUCUUGAACAAUGGAGGAACAUCUGCCCUAUUCUGUUUCAGAGAUCCUUACCAGUAGCUGACAAUUUUUGAAUGCCUGCCCGUGCCAGGCUGUUAAGCACUUUACGCGCCUGAUCUCAUUUACUCUCCGUGAAUCUCUGGGGUAGUUUUAUCCCUUCUUUAUAGGUGAGGACACUGAGACUUACGAUAAGUAACUCCCCUCAGGUCACACAGCUUAGGGACCUGCGAUUGGUGUACAAAUCUGACUGCUGCGCCCAGGCCUUCACCACUCCUUUCUCACCGACUAGACGGAAGAGGCCUGAGACUACAGAUCAAGGGCUUGGUCUUAGGCAUGUGGCAGAACACAGUGCUUACUGCUGAGCUGGGCAGUGGAUCCUGGAAAUACUGGAGGGGAGUGCCUGCCAGGAGGUAGGAAAGUGGACAGUUAGAGUGGCUGCAUGUAGUACAUGGGACUUGAUUGGGCGUCUGAGAUUUGCAUACUUCUCAGACCCAUUCUGGGUGGAAGGUAGAGUCUAGUGUAUAUACAAAUGCCCUCUAAUCUGGUCUAAAUGAUGGAGAUCGGUAGUGGGUACUGACCGUGCUGCUGGGAGGAGUUCGGGGAUGGGGAGAGGCUAUGCACGUGGAAGUAGUACCUUGAGCCAAACCACAGAACAGAAAAUUGGAGCAGAAUUAUAUAAAUCAAGGUCAGAAAUUUCCCGUCCAACCCACAGGGUGGAGUUUUCACUAUUCCUAUCCAUCCUACUGAAUAUAAACCCUGAUUUGAUGUCAGUAAGCAGAAGGAGCAGCUCGCGGGACUCUCAUUUCAGCUCUCGGCAGUCACCAUGAAUCUCAAGGUAGUCCUCGUGUUCCUGGCACUGUCCCUCAUUACUGUCUUUGCCCUGGCCUAUGUCUUGCUGACCAGCCAACGUAGCUCCAGCCAGCCUCCCCACUGCCCCUCUGUAUCCUACAGUGCCCAGCCCUGGACACACCCUGGCCAGAGCCAGCUGUUUGCAGACCUGAGCCGAGAAGAGCUGACGGCUGUGAUGAGCUUUCUGACCCAGAAGCUAGGGCCAGGCCUGGUGGAUGCAGCUCAGGCCCAACCCUCAGACAACUGCGUCUUCUCGGUAGAGCUGGAGCUGCCCCCCAAGGCUGCAGCCCUGGCCCACCUGGACAGGGGGAGCCCCCCGCCUGCCCGGGAAGCACUGGCCAUCGUUUUCUUUGGUGGACAACCCCAGCCCAAUGUGACUGAGCUGCUGGUGGGGCCGCUGCCGCACCCCUCCUACCUGCGGGACGUGACUGUGGAGCGUCACGGGGGCCCCCUGCCCUAUCACCGGCGCCCCGUGCUGGGAACUGAGUCUGCCCAGAUGUGGAAGCAUUUGAAAGAGGUGGAGCUCCCCAAGGCACCAGUCUUUCUGGCUUCUGUCUUCAACUACAAUGGUUCCACUUUGGCAGCUCUGCACGCCACCCCUCGUGGCUUGCGCUCAGGGGACCGUGCUACCUGGAUAGCCCUCUACCAUAACAUCUCAGGUGUUGGGAUUUUCCUUCACCCUGUGGGGCUCGAGCUACUGCUGGACCACAGGGCCUUGGACCCUGCCCGCUGGGCUGUCCAGCAGGUCUUCUACCUUGGGCACUACUAUGCAGACUUGGGUCAGCUGGAAUGGGAGUUUAAGGCUGGCCGGCUGGAAGUGGUUAGAGUUCCUCUACCCCUGCCAGAUGGGGCCUCAUCGCUGCGAUCGCGGGUCUCCCCAGGUCCUCUUCCCCCUCUUCAGUUCUCACCUCAGGGCUCCCGGUACAGUGUGCAAGGGAACCUAGUGGCGUCCUCCCUUUGGACGUUUACCUUUGGCCAUGGGGUGUUCAGUGGCAUGAGGAUUUUUGAUGUUCGGUUCAAGGGUGAGCGAGUGGCCUAUGAAGUCAGUGUCCAGGAGUGUGUUUCUAUCUAUGGUGCCGAUUCACCCAAGACAAUGAUGACCCGAUACCUGGAUAGCAGCUAUGGACUUGGCCAUCACAGCCGGGGCUUGGUGCGGGGAGUGGACUGCCCCUAUCAGUCUACCAUGGUGGACAUCCACGUAUUAGUGGGCAAAGGGGCAGUCCAGCUGCUCCCGGGGGCUGUGUGUGUGUUUGAGGAGGCCCAGGGACUACCCCUCCGCAGGCACCACGGUCACCUUCAGAGUCAUUUCUAUGGUGGUUUGGCUGGCUCGGCCCUUGUAGUCAGGUCUGUGUCCUCUGUAGGCAACUAUGACUACAUUUGGGACUUUGUAUUGCACCCAAAUGGGGCGCUUGAAGGGCGGGUCCAUGCCACGGGCUACAUCAACACAGCUUUCCUGAGCGGGGGCGAGGAGAGCCUCCUCUUUGGGAACCGCGUUGGGGAGAGAGUGCUGGGGGCGGUGCACACGCAUGCCUUCCACUUCAAGCUGGACCUGGAUGUGGCAGGGCUGAAAAACUGGGUGGUAGCUGAAGACGUGGUGUUUAAACCUGUGGCAGCCCCUUGGAGUCCGGAGCACCAACUGCAGCGCCCACAGCUGACUCGGCAGGUCCUGGGAAGGGAGGACCUGACAGCUUUUUUCUUGGGGGACCCCCUUCCCCGCUACCUUUACUUGGCUAGCAACCAGACUAAUUCCUGGGGUCACCAGCGCGGGUACCGAAUCCAGAUCCACAGCCCUCUUGGCAUACACAUGCCCCUGGACAGCGACAUGGAGAGGGCCCUCAGCUGGGGGAGAUACCAGCUUGUGGUGACCCGGAGGAAGGAGGAGGAGUCACAGAGCAGCAGCAUCUAUUACCAGAAUGACAUCUGGACACCCACUACAGCCUUUGCUGACUUCAUCAACAAUGAGACCCUGUUAGGAGAGGACCUGGUGGCUUGGGUUACAGCCAGCUUCCUGCACAUCCCUCACGCUGAGGAUGUCCCCAACACAGUGACUCUGGGGAACAGAGUUGGCUUCUUGCUCCGACCCUAUAACUUCUUUGAUGAGGACCCCUCCGUCUUCUCCCCUGGCAGCGUCUACUUUGAGAAGGGCCAGGAUGCUGGGCUCUGCAGUGUCAAUCAUGUGGCCUGCAUCCCCCACCUGGCGGCCUGUGUCCCGGACCUGCCGCCUUUCUCUUACCAAGACUUGUAGCCCUGAGUGUGUGGUGGGACAUGGGCAGGGCGGAGAGGGGGUGCCAAGACAUGUACGUUCCUCUCUCUGUUCCCACUUCCUGCUCCCCUGACACUCGACGCUUGGGAAACCGCCUCCUACCAUGUAAACCCCCAUAUAUCCUUUGGUUAAUUCUUAUUUCCAGUUCAUUUUUUAAAAAUGAUGAAUUUAUACAAAUGAUGUUGAUAUUAAGAAAGCUAAAACAGCACAAGUCCUACCACUCCGAAACAGCAUUCACAUUUGGUGAACGUUAUACCCGACAUUUCAUUAAUGCAUGUGCAUUGAAGUGGAAGAAUAGAGAGAAUUUUGUAAGAACUGAUGGUGUGUGUAAUUUAUAAUAAAAAGUAUUACAAGACUUUUA